AUGUGUCGUGACGUAAUUCUUAUGACUUGGCUCAAGCAACAAUUUUCAGACCUCACUGAUGCUACUCACAGAGAUGUGGAUGUGCUGUUACUGCUUUCUAACUCUGCCUACUACAUGGCCUAUUAUGAUGAUGAAGUUGAUAAAGUAAACCAAUACCAACGACUAAGUCUAGAAGACCUGGAAAAAAUAGAAAUAGGUCCUGAACCCACUCUUUUUGGUAAGCCAAAGUUCUCCUGCAUGCGAUUGCACUACAGAUACAAAGAAGCAAGUGGUUAUUUCCACACACUGAGAGCUGUAAUGGGAAAUCCAGAAGAGGAUGGAAAAGGUACCCUUCAGUGCAUUGCAGAGAUGCUGCAGAUCACCAAGCAAGCCAUGGGAUUGGAUGUACCUAUAAUUGAGAAAAAACUUGAGAGGAAGAGUAGUAAACCUCACGAAGACAUCAUUGGUAUCAGAUCUCAAAACCAAGGCUCUUUGGCCCAGGGAAAAAAAUUUUUAAUGAGCAAAUUUUCAUCUCUAAAUCAAAAAGUGAAGCAAAUCAAAUCCAAUGUAAAUAUUGGCAACCUACGAAAGCUAGGAAACUUCACAAAACCUGAAAUGAAAGUUAACUUUCUAAAACCAAACUCAAAAGUAAAUCUUUGGAAAUCAGAUAAUAGUCUUGAAACCAUGGAAAACACAGGAGUGACAGACAAUAAGGUCCAGGCAGAGUCUGAUGGGGACGUAUCUUCAGAUAAUGACUCAUGCCACUCUGAUGAAUUCCUUACCAAUUCCAAGUCUGAUGAAGACAGGCAGCUAGCUAAUUCUUUAGAAAGCAUAGGGCCGAUAGAUUAUGUUCUUCCUAGCUGUGGUAUUAUUGCUUCAGCACCUCGAUUAGGUGGUCGAUCCCAGUCUAUUAGCAGCAAUGAUAUUAGCAUCCAUGCUCCUUCAGAGAUUACUGUUGCUCAUGGGAGUGGGCUUGGAAAAGGCCAGGAGUCUCCUUUGACAAAAAGUCCUUCUGCUGACAACAUACACAUAUUGACUAGCUUUGCCAAGCCUGUGGAUAUUUACUGCCACAGAUUUGUGCAAGAUGCACAAAACAAAAUGACCCAGCUGUCAGAGUCCAGAUCUGUGUCUCAGCAGGCUAGUGAGGAAGGGAAUCAAGUGACCAAUCAAGUUUCCAAUGAAGAAACACAAUCUGAAUCAACAGAACAGACUCCUUCCCAACCAUCUCAAUUAGAUGUGUCUUUUUCUGCAACAGGUCCACAGUUUUUGUCAGUUGAACCAGUACAUUCAGUCAUAUCUCAAAAGACCCCCAGCUCCAGUUCCAGUAUGCUUGAACUUGAGACAGGGCUUCAUGUAACUCCUCCUUCAGAGAGCAGUAGCAGAGCAAUCUCUCCUUUUGCAAAGAUUCGAAGUUCCAUGGUCCAGGUUGCUAAUAUUACCCAAGCUGGAUUAACCCAGGGGAUAAACUUUGCAGUGGCAAAAGUUCAAAAGAGUCCUGCAGAAUCUGAAAUGGUUAAUGAAGUCCAGAAAAAUGAACUUAAAAAUAUGUUUACACAAUGCCAGACACGUAUAAUUCAGAUUUAGUUUUUAGCCACAAAGAAUCCUUCCAUGGUUUCUAUUUAAAAAUUCAAAAAGUUUUCACAUAUUAGGGUAUUUAAACUUAUACUGUCUGAAUCUAGGGGUCACAAA